UAACUUCACCACUGCCAGGCAACUUGUUAAUAAACCAGUGAUGGAAAGUAGAAGAGUUCGAGUGGAUGGAAUUCCGAGUGACAUUCCAGCGUCACGUGUUAAGGAUAAACUCGCUAUUCAUUUCCUCAGAACUAAAUUCGGAGGAGUAGAAGUAAAAAAUGUGGACGUGGUCCAGGGAGCUGCAGCUUACGCCAUCGUAACGUUCCAUCAUGAUCAAGUUGUUGAUCUUGUCCUGAAAAUUAAAGAUCACCCUCUGCAAGUCAAUGACAAGAUAUACGACCUCGUGAUCAGCGAGGUUAAUGGGAACUUUGACCUAGACGAGGUGUUUGAAAGGCUGUCGCUGACGGUUAAUUACAAAAAAUUCCCAGAAAAGUAUCAAAGUCUUCUGAAAAACCUAAUGGAGACACAUGAAUCCGCAAUGUUUGACUUUGAUGAAGAAUCCAUGAUAUGUACUAUAAGCGGGCCGUAUGCAGAGAUCCUAUACCUGGCACAAGAAAUCCUAAGUAAAUUAGGGAUUGUUCUGAAAACACAGAAGCAGAUCUCAGCAGAUAGUCAAAGGAAAUCAGAGAUUGAACGCCGUAAAAAUGAUCCAGAACCUCUAGGUACCGCACAAGCCUCGGAUUACACAUAUGCGCCUCUUCCCGGGACUGCAGUCAAGGAAACGUAUAGCGAGAAGAAAGAAAGCCUUGAGCAAUUACAAGAACCUUUCAUAUGGGAAACUGAUAUCUUCAAAUACCUGCUAAAAUUCCACUUGACAGAAUAUCAGGAUAUACAAAAUCGCUAUCACGUCCUUGCAGAGGAUGAAAAUUAUGAUGAUGUCACCGCGAUUUAUCUUGAGACUGAAAGCGGAGGUAAAACCCAUCUUGGAGACUUUAAAUGCGCAAGAUCUGAACUCAUGGUGCUUUAUCAAGGUUUGGAACUACUUCUUCGCAAAGAACAAAUAAAGAAAAGUAUUUACAGAGACCAAGAGUUUUAUGAUAUACUGACAACUCACCUCAAAAGAUUGUAUCCUAUGCUUCAUUGUCAUGCAGAUGAGCGCAAUCUCUACCUCCUUGGAUACGGUGUUGAUGUAUCUGCUGCCAAACGGUACAUCUUGGAAUUACACACAAACUUUGAUAGAGUGUCAAGUAAUCUAGACAAACAAUUUGGGGCAAGUAACUUGUCAGCAGGAUUGCCACAUUCCUCGUCCCCCACUAAGAAGCACGAAAGUGGAGUUGGAAGCAGGAUAGCCGCCUUGUUUAAUGCUCCCACGACACAAAGCUUAAAUUCAGCAAAGAGCCAUGUGGAUGAGGAACACCUGGUAUCAUCGACCAGUCCUAGAAUACGGACCCUAGAGCGUGAGAAUGAGAGAGACAUGAUAGCUCUCAAAUCCAACAUGGCAGAUGACCUUCAGAAAUAUGACGUUGCUACUCUUUCGUGGGCAGAUGAAAAGUCGGAGAGCAUGGCCAUGCCAUCCGUAAGAAGACCAGAUGUGCCCCCAGCCCUUAAAAUAGUGAGGGGAGAUUUAGGAAAUAGCAGAGCCCCCCCUAAACCUACAGGUAUUCUGAAACCUGUCCAGUUUACAAAAGCAUCAAGCCAGUUACCCUACUCUGUUCUGGGGGACAUUAGUCCUCCAUGGGCGCUGCCAGAAGUGAAACCUCGAAGAUCAAAUAGUCUAUCCCGUGUUUAUUCCAAAGGGAGGACGUCUACCGAAACACACAGCCAUACAUUAGUGUUCAAAGACGAAGUUGAUGUGACCGACUGGCAGUGGCAUUAUAUUACACAGGUCUGUAAAUCUGACCUAGAUAUUUGGUCUUCUGAGGUUGAGUUAACAAUUGAAACAAACAAACAAGGCAAAGUUGCCUUAAAGAUGAAGUCAUUUGAUAGAAAUAGGUUAACGUCAACAAAAAAGAUGAUUCAACUCCUGUGUUGUAGGUUAGACAUAAGCAUCACCCACUGUUACUUUGAAUAUGCUUUACUUGGGGUGCAAGGCCCAGAGGACCCGACCUUACUUAAAUGGUGUGAUCUUUUCCGAAAAUGCUCCAGAGAGCUUUCUGUUAAGUCAGAGAAGGAUAAACUGGUUCUUCUCUAUCCCAAGGAAAUUCAGGCACAUGUGCUAGACGCAUACAGGCAGCACAAAGAGCGUAGGAUGAAGUCAUCUGGGGAUGCUACCAUGCCCGACAUAGGACAAGUCACUUUACAGGACAGAUUUGUGUCUUCCACUGAUGAGGGCGUAGAUUAUAUUACAAAGCGUAAGAGGAUGUCAUCUGGGGAUGCUACCAUGCCCGAUAUAGGACAAGUCUCUUUACAGGACAGAUAUGAUUCUUCUGCCACUGAUGAGGGGGAAGAUUAUAUUAUAGAGCGUAAGAUGAAGGCAUCUGGAAAUGCUACCAUGCCCGACAUAGGGCAAGUCUCUUUACAGGACAGAUUUGAGUCUUCCACUGAUGAAGGCGAAGAUUAUAUUAUAGAGCAUAAGAUGAAGUCAUCUGGGGAUGCUACCAUGCCCGACAUAGGACAAGUCUCUUUACAGGACAGAUAUGAUUCUUCUGCCACUGAUGAGGGUGAAGAUUAUAUUAUAGAGCGUAAGAUGAAGGCAUCUGGGGAUGCUACCAUGCCCGACAUAGGGCAAGUCUCUUUACAGGACAGAUAUGAUUCUUCUGCGACUGAUUUAAUUACAGAACGUAAGCAAAGUUUGUCAGACAAACAGCGUACCAGACCGAAGCAUGAAGCUUUACCUUUUCUCUUAGGCGGUGAAGAGAUGGAUGAAGAGGAGAUUUAUCUAGAUAGCAAACAUCUGUCAGAUGAGAAGUAUACUCUGGGCGCUGGAACAGAAUCAUCCCAGAGAAUCACCGCUGAACAUGAAGCGUUCAUCAUACCAGGAUCCCUAGAGGAAAAGUCUACACACCCCAAAGAACUUCAGGACACAAAUAACAGGUCCACAUCAGAGAAGACUGGUUACUACACUCUCACAGAAACAUUUCCUCCUAGUCCUUAUACCUGUGAGUUAUUAACGCAAAACAUUAACGUCUCUUCACCAAAUGUCGGAUUGGAAGCAGAUUAUGAUGAGCAGGGCGUCUCCACAGAAGAUGGCAUAAUGCAGUAUGAGGACAGCUCGCCUCAGCUGAGGACACCCGCAGUAGGCCAAGAGUCAGAUACGAACAAUUCCAUCUGUGACCAAUGUAAGAACAUCGGCAAAACAGUUCAAACAUCGUCCGGUCAGAUGCAAUGUGUUAAAUGUUUUGCUGCAUCUGUCAUAACUGCUCUUAAUGAAGCAGCAAAAGCUCCUCUAAGAGCGUCCAUGAGCCAUACAGCCAUGAGCCUGAGAUUACCCGGGUACGAAAAAGACACUUCUCUGAAGAUAAUUUAUGAAGUUCCAGACGGAGUGCAAGGGGUUGGAGAUCCUCAGCCCGGAUGUCAAUACAAAGGGGGCAGGUUUGAGGCCUACCUGCCGGAUAAUCGAAAGGGGAGGAAGCUCCUUUCUCUGCUCCAGAGAGCCCUGGAUCAAGGUCUCAUUUUUCAAGUCAAAGCAUUUGAAACGGGAGAAGAAGUCACAUGGUACAAAAUCCCUCAUAAAACCUCCCCAGAUGGAGGAAAGGCAAAGAAUGGAUUCCCGGAUUCGACAUACGUGAGAGAUACUAUUACUCUACUUUACCAAUACGGCAUUGACUAAGAAGCCUGAGACGUGGAGAGCCCAGAACAUGGCGUCUGUAGAUAUGACCGGCCCGCCAGUACCUGAUGGGAAAUCACUAUGAUUUGGUCCUUAGACCAUUUAUUUGCAGUUUAACUAUAUAAGGUUUAGCAGAACAAGUUGCGUUGAAAUGUUAAAACUUUCUGUUUAAGGAGUUUGUUAUAGUUGACUGAAGAAUCGGUGGUGAGUCCAAUAGAGGAACCCCGCCCCGCUCCAUUGAUACUUCUAGGUGCCUCCGCAAGUUGUUAUUUACAACCUGUAGAGAAGGGGUACGGGCACCCAUUCAAGAGCGGUAGGUGUCAGAUACCCACCAAAUGGGUGUGUAUGUAAGAUGGUGAUGGUCAAAUACCUCAAUGACCGUGUACAUCACCUUCCUGCAGAGAAUGAAGCCGCUCAGACAUGGCUUCCAGCAGACAGUAGGAGAGGUGUGGCUAUUCAGUCUAGUGCAGUGUUUCCCAACCAGGGUGCCUCCAGCUGUUUCAAAACUACAACUCCCAGCAUGUCUGGACUACCUUUGGCUGUCUGAGCAUGCUGGGAGUUGUAGUCUUGCAACAGCUGGAGGCACCCUGGUUGGGAAACACUGGUCUAGCGACUGGCAUGGGUCACGGUAGUAGACACUGAUGACAUAUCCUUAAGAGUAAGGACAUUAGAGAAGAAUUCUGUUAUGGGGAAUUAAGAUUCCAACCAACUACGUCCAUAAGACAUUAUACAGGUGCACAGGACGGACGCAAAGUGAUAAAGAAAACGAGUGACGCAUUUCUGGCUAUGAACUCUUAGUCAUGAUUAGAAAAGAUGGCGAUUGAUGUGUUUUUGGUUGUUAGUUCUUAGGAAAACAACAGAUGUGUUUCUAACUGCUGUACCUUAUUAUUGAUCACGACUAAGGGCCAUCAGUUAGAAACACGUCUGUCAUCCUAAGGCAGUGUUAUCCAAACACUGUUCCAGCUGUUGCAAAACUAGAACUCCCAGGCUUGCUGGGAGUUGUGGUUUUGCAACAGCUGAAACAGUGUUUGUAAAACAGUGUCCUAAGGGCCAAUAGAAAGGAAAAUAAAUGUUUCUGAUCAUGACUAAGGGUUAACAGUCAGAAACACGUCUGUCAUCACAAGGCUGUU